AUGUCUCUCUGCAUUCUUCCAUUUGCUUCGGAGGCGAUCCUGCCUCGCCUUCUGGAUGACGUCUUCAGUGAGCUCGAUGACGCCUUCAAUCAGUUCUACCGAAUUGAACAAAUCUCUUCUCCUGCUCCAAGAAGACGUGAAGGGAAGAAAAGUCUCAUGGGCCAAGUCAGCGAUGACGGUUCGAAGUUGGCGAUCUCAUUGGAUGUUUCAAAAUUCAAGCCAGAUGAGCUCAAAGUGAACAUCGAUGGCCGAACUCUGACUGUUGAAGGUAAACAAGAAGUGAAGGAAGGCUCAAGUUAUACCGCCAGAUCAUUCCUUCGCCAGUGGACUGUUCCGGAAGGUGUCGAUGUCGAGCAGAUCCGAUCCACUCUUUCUGAAAAUGGUCAUCUGGCCAUCGAAGUGCCAAAGGCCAAACCGACUACCACCUCCAGGAGCAUUCCAAUCCAGAAAGCGAACGAUCAACCAGCAGUGAAGAGCAAUUAA